CUCUCUCUCUCUCUCUCUCUCUCUCUCCUUUUGAGAACACCUGCUGCCCCAAGAAAUGCUACCCUCCCAAGUUUGAACUCUAAUAAGAGGGAGAGAGAAAUCCCAUUUUUUACUUCCUUUCAGUUCAAGCAGGGGGCAAGGAUAAGCCCAGAGGAGUAGAAUGACUUCCAAAGAAGAGACAAGUACACAGGAGGCCCUGAAGAGCCCAACAAGUCCCCAAGAAGAAACAGAGGGAAUCAAAGAGAGCUCUAGAGCAGAGACCGACGACAAUAUCGAAAAGGAAAAUGCGGAUCAAACCUCCCCGAGAGCUGUAUUAGAGAUCCCGAUAUCGAGCGCGGAUUCUGACAGCGGCAGCAGCAUCGAAAUCUCGCCGUCGGAUCGAUCGGCUUCUCCCGAGGGGCCAGUUUUGGAGCCCCACAACUCGCAGUGGCGGAAUUUGAUCGGCGGAUUGAUACUAAGGAAGAAGAAGUCCAUGAUGAGGUUGUCCACAUUUCCGCCCCUGACUUCGAGCUCGGGUGUUCGAAGAUGCUUGGAAAGGAUUCGGAGUGGUAGGAAUCAUAAUAAUAAUCUGGAGAAUGUGAAGCAGUUUAAGUUUACGCCAAAGAUCGAAGACAUCGGAAAGUGGAGGCCGUCUUGGCGGAGUUUCGAUUAUCAGGAGCUUGCUGCUGCUACUGAUGGGUUCAGUCCAGAUAGCUUGAUCGGAAAGGGAGGUCACGCGGAGGUGUAUAAAGGAUGUCUAAGUGAUGGCCAAGUUGUGGCAGUGAAGAGGCUGACAAAGGGGGAGAGUGAGGAGGAGAGGAUCGCGGAUUUCCUAUCAGAGCUGGGAAUUAUUGCUCAUGUCAAUCAUCCAAAUGCCGCGCAACUCUUGGGUUUUAGUGUUGACCAGGGUUUGCACUUGGUUCUCCAGUUCUCACCACAUGGUAGCCUUGCUUCUGUUCUCCAUGGUUCAAAGAAGGGCCUUAAUUGGAGGAUCAGGUAUAAGAUCGCGUUAGGUGUUGCCGAAGGGCUUCUCUAUCUUCAUGAAGAUUGCCACAGACGCAUAAUACAUAGAGACAUCAAGGCCUCCAAUAUACUCUUAGCUGAAGAUUACCAACCUCAGAUAUCUGAUUUUGGGUUAGCAAAAUGGCUUCCGGACAACUGGCCCCAACAUGUGGUGUUUCCGAUUGAAGGCACAUUUGGAUACUUGGCACCGGAAUACUUUAUGCACGGCAUAGUGAAUGAGAAGACUGAUGUGUUCGCAUUUGGUGUUUUGCUGCUCGAGCUCAUAACUGGGCGGAAGGCGAUCGACUCCUCUCGAAAGAGCCUAGUGAUAUGGGCAAAACCGCUACUAGAUUCAAACAAUUUUAAAGAACUUAUUGACCAUUCUCUCGACGAUGCUUACAUCCCCGAAGAGAUGGCAUGUGUAAUAUCGGUGGCCACAAUGUGCAUUCACCACCUCCAAACCUCGCGCCCUACUAUGAAUUUGGUGGUCCGGGUUCUAAAGGGUGAGAAAGGAUCAUUAGAGCUCAUGGGAGGAGAGUUGCGGCAUAAAAUUGCGAGACCGCUUCUAUUUGAUGCUUCUGACACAGAAGAUUACACUUGCUCAAGGUACCUCAAUGAUCUGAAUCGGCACAAACAGCUUGCAUUAGAGCAGUGAAUUAUUGCAUCAAUCGAAAGAGUCGUAUUUCCCUUUCUGUAAAUUUAAAUCCUACUAUCGGUCCGUAUUUCUUUUCAACUGUAUUCAUAGAUGAAGGGACCUUGUUUAACAAUAUGUGGCUUGUAUUUGGUAUUAAUGUAUGUCCUUAUCUUUUGGUUGUGGCUUA